GCUCACCCCUGACAGCAGCUCCACCAGCACCACCCCCCCCUCCCUUUAGACCCGACCCCCCCACCCCUCCCCCCCCCCUCGUCUCACAGCUCCUCCAGGGCUCUCCAAGGGUUCCUCUCCUAAAGGGUUCUCUGUGGUGUUCUGGGACGCUCCAUUCGCCUCCGGGGGCCUCGGACCUUCAUGCGUCUCCCAGCGGCAGAGUCCACCCACACCUCCACCCACCACCACCACCACCACCACCACACCACCUUCACCACCACCUCCACCACCACCAUGAGCUCUGAGCAGGAGUUUGGAGACGGGGCCAUGGGGGUCACGCUCACGCUGCGCCUCCUCAUGCACGGAAAGGAAGUUGGAAGCAUUAUCGGCAAGGUGAGUUUCAGUUUUCUACCUCACAGACUGAACUAAAUGCUCUUUGUUUCCUGUAUGAAUAAGCAAAAAG